ACGUGGCCCAUUCUACUAGUAAUAUAAAAUGUGGAAAAAGUAAGAAACCCUAGCCUCCUAAACUCAUUUUUUUUCAUUCAAGCUUCAACGUUUCCGGUUCGCUCAGCCGCCGCCUCUCCGCGAACGCCGACCAGUUUUUGAAGCGGGAGAAUGGAUUCUCAGGUGAAGCACGCUGUGGUGGUGAAAAUUAUGGGCCGAACUGGUUCAAGAGGACAGGUGACUCAAGUGAGAGUCAAGUUUCUUGAUGACCAGAACCGGUUCAUCAUGAGGAACGUCAAGGGACCAGUCAGGGAAGGUGACAUUCUCACCUUGCUCGAGUCCGAGAGGGAAGCUAGGAGGUUGCGUUGAUGGGGAUCUUUCCUCGUGUUGCUUUCUUGCUCUUUCUUUUUGCAGUCUUGUUUUGCUCAGAUACAAAUUUAACUUUGUGUUAGUGAAUGGGAGGGGGAGACCAUAAUCAGUCCAUGUCAGUUUAGUUUUAUGUUUGGUAUUACUGUUAUUAGCAUCUCAGAGUUUUGAUUUAUUAAGGUAAAAUCUAUUCGUGGAACCUAAAAUGUUUUGAAUUGUCAAUGUGGAAGAGAAUUUUGUUUUAAUCAAAUAGAUAGGUUUUGCCUUCA